AUGUUGCAUGCCGAGCCAGCACGCGAUUAUUCAAGAAACGCUGGUGCGAACAGCUCGUCCUCUGCAAGCAAUGCAGGUGCUGCUAUUCGACCCGCAGCCAGCACAGUUACACAGGAGUCGAUUACCACAGCUCAGACUUUGAGUGACGCCCUUGACGCGAAGAGUACGACCGAUGCUCAUGCUACAGAGCAAGAAUCUCUCGUCAUGAGACCUAUUGUCCGCCUGCCACCAAGUGCUCCGGCUUGUGCCCCUGGCAGCACCUCGAUAACCUAUCACGACACAGCAGUGUCUAGUGGGGUGCAAGCACCUAUCGCCCCCUCACCAACCGCCCAAGCAGUCAACCACCCUGAUCCCGAGGUCGUGACAAUUCCUUUGUCUCAACCAACAAUGUCCUUGGAGAUUAAGGUAUCAGAAGCUGCUAUUACAGCUUUUGAGGAGCUGCCAAAGAUGUGGCAUCGCUCCUGGGCAUACCGUCCGGACGAGCCGGACGCCUACGAGGAGGCAGUCUGCCACGGUUGA